CCCAGACUGCUUACACAUCCAUCACAUCGCUGGCCCUCCUCCACCCCCCCCAAAGAGACCGCUCGCCUUUCCCAUCUCCGCAUCGGCACCGGCCAGCAGCAGCACCGCCCCCACCUCCCCUUCCACCCGACUCCGAAACACGGCGUCGGCAAAGCGACUGGAGGGAAGAGAGAGAGAGAGAUACAGAGAACCCGUUAUCAACGCCAUUGCUGCCCGCCCUCUCUCGAAAGCAUGGAACCAAGCGCUCCUAUCUCGGCCGGCGGGGAGGAUCUUCAUCAUCCUCCUCCCUACAUGCAUCUUACACCCGAUGGGACCCUCAAUUGAACAAAAAACGACCAACCAAUCCCCCCCCCCUCCCCGUCCCCGGAGAACGGUAGCCGGGAAGCCGUCACGCAAUGCCGGGACCAGUAUUCGUAUCGUGUGAACGCGCGCGACCGCCGCGCACACAUACAAAACAAAUGACGUCUUCCUUCGGUGACCAGCCAAAGCUCUCCCUCCUCUCCUCUCCCCUCCUCUCUCUUUCUCGCGUGACCCUUUCUUCCUCUCCUCUCGUUUCCCCUUGCCUUGGCCAUUGAGAACGAGGGCCGAACGGUUAAGUCCGAAUAGCUUCACAACCCCGCCCCUCUCCCAAUUGAAGCCCGGCAGCUCAGCCCAGGCCAAAACUCACCCCCACGAUGCGCUCCCAGCACCUCCUCCUCGCCCUCUUCUCAGCCGCCUCUUCCCCCCUCGCAUCCGCCACCUCCCCCUUCUAUACCGAUAACGAGCAGCUGCGGCAACGCCCCAUCGUGGAUGCCGCCUCCGACUUCAAAUGCGACCUCCCGCCCCCCGUGACCCCUUCCGACGGCCUCCCCUCCGCCGCCGACCUCUUCUCCUCCCCGGACGCUGUCCGUAAGCAGGUCGAGCGCCACGCCGCCCUCGUCCGCGUGCCCUCCAUCUGCUACGACGACCUCGGCGAUUUUGACAAGGAUGACCGCUGGCGCGUCUUUUACGACCUGCACGACGUCCUGAAGAAGACAUACCCGGUCUUCCACGCCCGCGCAGAGCUCGUCAAGGUAAACACCUUCGGCCUCGUCUACACCCUCCGCGGCACCGACCCCUCCCUUAAGCCCAUCCUCCUCGCUGCCCACCAGGACGUCGUCCCCGUCGCCGACGCCGCCACCUGGACCUACCCGCCCUUCUCCGCCCACUUCGACGGCGAGUGGAUGUGGGGCCGCGGCGUCUCGGACGACAAGAACUCCUUUACCGCCCUCCUUUCCGCUCUCGAGACCCUCCUCUCCCAGCCGGCGGCCCCAGGAAGUGCCUCCUCCUCCUCCUCCGCCGCCGGCAGCGGCGGUCAGUGGGCCCCGACCCGUACCAUCAUCCUCGCCUCCGGCUUCGACGAGGAGUGCUCCGGCGCCCGCGGCGCGGGUCACAUCGCCGUCCACCUCCAGCGCCUCUGGGGCAACGACAGUAUGGCCCUCGUCCUCGACGAGGGCGGCAUGGGCCUGCAGCUCCUCGACGACGGUCGCACCCUUUACGCCCUGCCUGCCGUCACCGAAAAGGGCCACGUCGACAUCUGGCUCGACCUGCACGUCACCGGCGGCCACUCGUCCGUCCCCUUCCCCCACACCGGCAUCGGCAUCGUCUCCGAGAUGGUCGUCGCCCUCGAGUCCCACCCCUACAGCCCCAAGCUCACUACGGCGUCGCCCCUCUACGAGCACAUGGUCUGCCAGGCCCGCUACUCGCCCGACGCCCAGCCGCGCGUGACUGAGUUGCUCGAGAGCGGCGACCUCGACGCCCUCGCCGCUGAGCUCGUCGCCAUCGACCGCCCGACGCACUACCGCCUGCAGACCUCCCAGAGCGUCGACUACUUCCAGGCCGGCCAGAAGAUCAACGCCAUGCCCGAGAAGAUCCGCGUCGGCGUCAACUACCGCGUCGCCCCGCAGAACAGCAUCCCCGAGAUCCAGCACAACGUCGUCGCCUACGUCAGCGGCAUCGCCGAGAAGUACGGCAUCACCGUCAAGGCCUUCGAGGGCGACGACGACUACAAGGAGUACGCGCGGCGGCACGUGACGAGCGACCUCGGGCGCAUCGAGAAGCCCUACGACGCCGUGAAGCCCCUGUAUGACGUCGACUACAACGGCACCCUGUACCUGAGCCGCACCCAGGCGACGCUGCCCGCGCCCCUUUCGCCGACCAAGGGCCCCAUCUGGGACCUCUUUUCCGGUACGCUGCAGUCCAGCUUCGCCUUCGACGGAGGCAAAGUCGUACCCGUCGGCGAACUCAUGACCGGCAACACCGACACGAGACACUACCUGAACCUCACGCCCAACGUCUACCGUUUCGUGCCCAUCCGGAACGGCGCCACCAUCAACGCCCACACCAUUGAUGAGAGAAUCAAAAUCAGCGCACACAUGGAGAUCCUGAGGUUUUACUACGAUCUGAUCCGCAACUUUGACGCCGCCAAGGUCUAAAGCAAUGACACCGAAAUUCAUUUUCCAU